UUGAAGCAAAACAAGCACAUGUGAUUGUGAGCGAGGCCACGGCAAGUCGCCCACUUCUACUUUUAUUUUCAUCUUUGCUGUAUCGAACUAAGAUUUCGGAUGCGCAGUAUGGAUAAACUUGGCUCCUAUCCUCCGCCUAACUUCGACUGUCCUCCUCCGAACUCCAUCCAAGUGUCACGGCCUCAGCAGCCCGUCUCAAGAAGCAACUUCCACCCGAGCAUGUGGACUUGGAGCGAGACGCCCUCCGAGUCCGAACCCAGCUGGGCCUACAGCGGCCGAGCAGCGUCAGGACCUGCUUCUCAGUCACGAAACAAUGGAUGUCAGUAUUCGUACGGUCGUGAAUGGUAUCACACUGGACAACAAAGUUGGAGCAAUUACGGACCAGCAGGCAACCGUGGGAAAAAGCAUCAAAACAAGAAAGAACCAAAUUUUGUUCAUUUUUGUGACACUUGUGACCGAGGAUUAAAAAACCAGGAGAAGUAUGAGGAGCAUAUUGCUCAACAUGUAAAGUGUUCUGUCCCAGAUUGCAGAUUCAUGGCUCAUGAAAAAAUAGUGAGCAUUCAUUGGAAAAAUACCCAUGCACCCGGAAAGAAGAGAAUUAAGCUGGACACUGCAGAAGAGAUUGCAAAAUGGAGAGAGGAGAGGCGCAAGAACUAUCCAACUGUACAGAAUGUUGAGAAAAAGAGAAAACUGAUGCAGGAACGUGAGAAGACAGGAGCCGUUUUGGAGACGGCUCAGUUUGGACGCAUGAGAGGCAGAGGACGUGGGCGUUGGCGGGGGAGAGGUCAUCAGAGGUUCCAGGGGCAGCAUCCCCAAGGUCCGCAUCCGUCCGACGGUGGCGCUGCAGCAGAGAGACCGCCGCCCCUCACCCAGCCCGGCCAGAAUGGUGAUCCUCUGGGGGUGUUGGCCAAAAGUGACAUUGAGUCUGACAAAGAGGAUGCAGACACUGACUCCAGGACAGCUAGCCUUGUUGUGGCCCCGAAACAGAUGAGCGUUGCUCUGGGGUCUCUUUUAACCAACUAUGGCUCCAUGAGCGAGAGUGAAGGUGAUGAAGAAGCACAGCACUCUACUAUCCAAAAAGGCAAAGACCUGCUCCAAGAAAACAAGGAUUUGCUAGACCAGAAAAACAGACCCUUCAUGGACACCAAAACCUCAAAACAGGACACGCAAGCUUCCAAAGUAUCAUGUCCUUGGUCUGCCCUGAACACAUCAAACAACCGAAGAGGACGAGGGAGAAGAGGAGGAAAGCGAGGUCGGGGUGGACACCAUGAUAUGCUGCAAACACGGCGGCCCACUCUCCUUGAGAUGCUGCUUGCUCCGGAUAUACGCCAUGAGAGAAACGUCCUCCUGCAGUGUGUUCGAUACGUGGUCCGAAACGACUUCUUUGGCCUGGAGAGCAAGCCUCAACUCCACCUGACGCAAGGUACAGGAAGUUCAGACCAAGAAGUGGGAAGCAGGACUCUGUCCGAUUCUCUGGUUGGUGGCAAAAAGUGUUCAGUCAACGCUGGGACUGCAUCUCACAGAGCCACCGCUUGGCCAACAAUAUGUAAGGAGGAAAAAAAGGAGAUUGGUCCAGUUAAUGUGACAACCAAGAUCAUAGUCCGUCACAGUUCGUCAAGGAAUUGUCUGGACGAGGGGCCACUUGAUGACCAGGCUGGCUCUGGACCACCAGAUGACGACGCUGUACCUGGUUCACCAGACCACCAAAGUGGCCCAGCAUGUGACCAAGCAGGUGCUGGUUCACCGUGUGACCGAGCUGGUUUCCCAGAUGACCAAGGCGACGAAGCCACGCGGCCAAGUGACUGUCGAAGCGCACAAAAAUCCAAAGAUCCCCCGGCGGAUUCUUUAGCAAGUGCAGAGCAGGCUUCAGAGGACAAGGAAGAAAUGGCAACCACUUACUACCACAGCCAUGAUUCUAUGGCACCUCGUGAAAGUAGGUCAACCAAUAAUAUUUAUGAGGAUGAAAUAUGGGAAAUGUCAAAUUGAUUUCCAUUUCUGUUUAGAAAAUCUCUGUAAUUUUGAUUGCUAAUUUUUGCCAAAUUUAUUUGAUGCUACAAUGACAACUUUGCAAAGUACAUUGAUAAUUUUUUUUUUCCUCCAGCAAUAAAUGCAAAAAAUAUUUU